AUGUCGAUGAUGGAGUAUGACAUCCGAUUCAUACAGUUGUCUUGUUAUGCACAAUACUUGGUCUUGACAAAAGAAAAGAGGAUCAAGAGGCUUGUGAGAGGCUUGAUAAAGCCAUUAUUCAAAGUUAUUGUCGCUAAGAGGUUUGCUACCUACUCUGUAGUGGUUCAUGCGGCUAGAUUGAUUGAGAGUUAUAGAAUAGGGACUAUGAUGGAAAGGAAUAGAGCUCGAAAAGCUACAAUGGAUAGUCGACGAGGCCAAAGGGAUUCUAGUGAGACACAAAGUCCAAUUUCUAUGGGUCGUUGGGUUCAAGAGGGAACUACUUCGAUGCUCAGACCACUACAAAAUAGUGAUUCUUUUAGCCUUCUUGGAAGGCGAGAGCUAUUCAGUGGUGUAUCGAAUCUAGUGCUAGUAUGA